GAGCAUUUUGAUGACACGGCAUCUAAGAUUAUCUUAGCAGCAGUAAGGGAGACUCAAUUUAUGCAUCUUUCAGUCAUGCAACAGAAUCAGUAUUGUGGUUAUCCCCAGAUCUUCUGGACGAACAACAGUGCUCUUUCUAGCUCAGACUGUGCUCCUCAACUGAGACUGUACCAUUCUAGUGAAAUUGUGCCAGCUCAGGACAUUUGCUUACCAUUGCCUGUGCCAGGGAGGAAAAGGCAUAGUCAGAAUCAUGGAGAUGGUACAUGCCUUUGUUUCCUGGUGGUAUUUUUGCUGAUUCUACUUGCCAUCAUGGGGGUCGGGCUGGCAAUGUUUCAGAUCUUUCACUUGCAGAAGGAACUUCAAAAGUUUUCCAGCUCUGGAUGUAUUCCUCCAUCUCCUGAUAUGCUGAAAGGAGCUCUGAACAGAACAGCAGAAAAGAAAGUCAAGAGGAGUGCACAUUUAACAGGCAAAGCAAUUCAGCAAUCUCAGCCCCUGGAGUGGGAGACUACCCAUGGACAUGCCUUCCUUUCUGGGGUCCAGUACAAGAACAGGGGUCUAGUGAUUGAUGAAACUGGGCUCUACUUUAUUUACUCCAAAGUGUUCUUCCGAGGCCAGACCUGCACUUCCCAGCCACUUGACCACAUGGUUUUCAAGAGAAAUCCAUCUUAUCCUGACAACCAAGUCCUGAUGGAGAACAGAAAGAUGAACUAUUGUGUAACAAUGCACAUGUGGGGCAAAAGUAGCUAUUUGGGGGCCUUGUUCAAUCUUUCCAGGCAAGAUAGCGUGUAUGUGAGUGUCUCUGAGCCCACAUUGGUUAAUUCUGAAGAAUCAAAAACCUUUUUUGGCUUAUACAUGCUUUAAAAAAAACAGUCAGCAACACUUUCAUCAAGCUAUUCAUAGGGUUCUUCUAAGCAGCAUGUGUAACACUUGAACUGGAACUACUGUGGACUUCUAAUUUGCCUCCAUAGGUUUAAAGAAAAAAAUUUUUUUUUCCUGCUGGAUUACUUCAAGGCCAUAUAUUGAUUGGCAAGAGCAAUAGGAAAUCUUCAACUUCAAACACUGUCUUAGACUGAUGAAGGAAGAUUUGCAUGGCUUGUGGAGCUGAGAUGUAAAAUAAAAGAUUUUUUUUUUUUGUCAUUUGCACCCUGAAUCAGUUACAAUUCAGCAACUAUUCUUUUCUAAGGUUAUUUUUUAUGCUGCUUAUUUUCUGAUAUAUCAUUUUUGAUGUGAAAAUGUAUUUAAUUUCUUGAAGGGAAGGAGAUUUUUUUGGCUUCCAAAUUAUUUGAGGACUCAUAAGCCCAUUACUAAAUAUAAUUUUAAGUUAUAAUUAUAUUUCAAUAUUUGUGUCAGCUUUUAACCUUCCCUCUCCCUUACCUGUGACAGGCAUUUACCUGAUGCUUAAAAAGAUUCUGUGCAUAAGGUUUGCAACAGACAAAUAAUGGCAAUUUAAAAGAGCAAGACUUUUUAAAUCACCCUGCUUUCAGCCUACCUCCUUGAUGGAGCAACCAUUCUAACUCUACCAAGCUUCUAUGCACUUCCUUUUCUUCACACAGCUCUCUCUGUUAGGGCUACCUACCUAAGACAGCAACAUUUCAGGCGACCACUAAGUGAUAGGAAAAAGGUAAGAUUUUUUUUUUGUAUCUCCUUGCUGCCAUGUGGUGAUUAACUAGAUGCUUGCAGUUCAGAUCUGGUAGCCUUUACUUUCAAAGACUAACAUAUUCAGAUAUAUCUUUGUCUUUGAUUCUGUCCACCAAGGAAAAUUAAACAGGCAGCUGCUUGCUCCUGUUUGUGUAUAUAGGAACACAGGUCCAGAAAGCAGAGAAACAUUAGCUCCCUCUUAAAAACCACCAACACACACAACAUAGCUGGACCAGUUCAGCCUGCUAUGCUAAUAAAAUAUAAGAGGAAGUGUUUUACAAUUCAGUAGAAAUGAAUAUUGAACACACAUUGAAUUCCUAUAGAUCUGUGACUUUCUAAAUACGUGUAAAUUUGUUUCAAUUACUAAGGGAUUAAUGAUUCUGUGAAGACUUUGGUAUGUAAAUAUUAGUUUGCUUGGAUUUCAAUACUCUAGCAACUGCAGGAUUAAGCAUUCUCUUUUAUUUAGAUAAUACAAUAAAAAAAUGCCAAUUUCAUAUCAUAAACACUGCCCAAGUUUUGAACAGGUAUAUUUUGAAAUGGGAAAGAGGCAAUAAAGUCUUGGUUCCUGGUUGAAUAAACCUGAAGUAUGUGUAGCUUUGUCCAUUUCUGGGAUGUGGAUUUCUUGAAGGGCAGUGUCAGAAUCCAGUUAUAUUUCAUUUCUAUCUAUCUCCUCUGAUCUAAAAUCAAAUCUCACCUUUCCCUGGAUUCUGCCAUACUUCCAAGGGGGAGGGGGGAUAUGCAUGCAGGUUUAUUGCUUUCACUUCCUCUAUUUGCUACAAUGUAACCUUUUGUUUAUUGACUCCAUGUCUGCUAUCCAUUACAAUGUAACAAAUUGCUUCCUGCACUACGCAUCUUUCUGGAUCUUCUCCUCCCUAACCGGGCAGCUAGGAAAAGGGGGGGGGGUACAAACCUCUGGGACCUGGCUCAUUUCUCCAUUCUCAAAAGGAGGUGUGAAGAGCUGUGGAACAUUGCACUACAAAUGGAGCUGGAUUGAUGUUAUCUCCCCUUUCCCACAAUGGACUUAACACCUGGGGAUUGGCCAGUCUGAAUCAUCCGGAUGA